GGCGGCGGCGGCGGCGGCGACGACAAUGCCAACGAAUGAACAUUAUGCUUCAACACCUCCCAUGGAUUCUCAGAAUACGACAGACAGCACGACGAUGAGCAACAGUAGCUCACAUUCAAUCAUGGCAGGCUGGACUUACCGAUUGAAAUCCUUAUUGGACUUGUUUUCCAUUUUAUGGUUUAUUGUCGGCAAUUAUUUACUAUUUUCUCCAUCCAAUUGCCCGGCCACCGCUGCAUUAUACUAUUACACUAUUCUAGCCUGGAUUCUCUUUGGUUAUUUUGUCUUAUUCAUACCCAUUUUGGUAUGUGCCUCCAUCAUGUUUUGCCUGCCGUGCGUAUUAGUCGCACUGAGGACGUUCAAUAUCAAUGUCGCGAAUGUCUUGAAAGGAGGAUCCAAGGCAGAACUUGCUAGCAUUCCCGUCUUUAGAUUCAAACCAACCUUAGAACAACAACAACAACAGCAGCAGCAACAGCAACAGCAACAGCAACAGAGCCAUGACGAUGAAAGAGCAUCAGCGACAGUAUCGCCAUCUGACAAUAAAACCGUAGCCGAUAAACCUGCGAAGCAACAUUACCUCAGAAGAUUCAUGCGUUUGAGCCGGAAGAAAGGCAAUCCAAGCGAUGAGGAAAAAGGCAAUAAUGCAGAUGCAGUCAAGGUGAAUGAUGUUAUUACUAUUCCAAAGUCGGAAGAUGCUGUUUGUUCCAUCUGUCUAUGUGACUAUGAACAAGACGUCCUUAUCUGUAAAUUAUGGUGUGGUCAUCAUUAUCAUCGAGAAUGCGUACACGAAUGGCUAGGUUUAAAUUCCAAGUGUCCACUGUGUAAAAGAGAUUUCCGUGGCAAAGAUUAUAUCAGUGAUGAUGAGACGUCCGAUGAAGAGAAUGAUGAAGACCCACGCUAGCCCUCAUCUUCCCUUCCUUUUUUUUUUUUUCCAUUUGUAUUUAUUUCCUCUUU